AGGCCCCACCAGCUCUUCUGCAGACAUGGCAGGAAUAAAACCAGGAAUUAUUCUCUUGGGAUUUGUCAUCAUGUUGUGCAUACCUGGGGCAAGGACCUCCUCAUCAAGUGGAUACUCAAAGGUGCUGUCAGACUCCUCUCUUUUGAGCAGCAUUCGUGAAGCCAAGAAGCUCGUAGAUGCAGCAUACUUACUUGCCCGAGAAAGCUCAAAGAGAAAGCUGGAGAAGAAGGAUGCCACACCAACAGAUUUCCUGAAGCACUUAAAAGAACCAGUAGGAAAAACCAGAUCUGCGGUGCGUGCGGCUGAUUAUUUGGAAACUACUUUGAAAUUACUGAAAAGGAAGUUUGAGAUGUAUGGGAAAGGGGAAUUUAAUGUUACAGAUCUACUAGACAGCAGACAGAAGGAAAUGAUUUCCAAAGAAACAGGCUGUUACUCCCAGAUUUAUUCCAUCAAAUGCAAAGAUGAUGGCAUUUACCGGACAAUCUCUGGAGAGUGCAACAACAGAAAGCAUUUUCAUUUUGGAGCCUCCAACCAAGCAUUCACUCGCUGGCUGCCUGCAGAAUAUGAGGAUGGAGUAUCUGUUCCCAGAGGAGCAAGUGAAGGAAAGCUUUACAAUGGAUUUCCACUCCCUCUGGUUCGAAAAGUGUCAAAUGAAAUUGCUCGAACAGUCAACAAUAGCACCACUCACGAUCAAGAUCUCUCUCUAGUCUUCAUGCACUGGGGCCAGUGGAUCACCCACGACAUGGAUUUGGCCCCUUUCAAUAGUGCAGGAGCGAAUGAGGAGCUUCAGUGUGAGACUGACUGUGUCUUCAAGUCCCCUUGCUUCCCAAUUAAGUUCCCUCCAGAUGACCCACGGAUGCAGAGAUCAAAUUCUUGUAUGCCAUUCACCCAGACAGCCUCAACRUGCAACCCCAAGACAUUUAUUCGAGAGCAGAUCAAUGCAGUUAGCUCAUUCCUUGAUGCCAGCAUGGUAUAUGGCAGCGAACAGUAUGUGGCAAAGAGACUUCGAAAUCAUACCAAUGACCUGGGUUUGAUGGCAGUCAACCAGAAUUUUACUGAUGCAGGGCUGGAGUUACUGCCCUUUGAGAAUAAAACAGUUAGUGUUUGUGUAUUCACAAACAAGAGCAUGAACAUCCCCUGUUUUAAAGCAGGUGAUAUACGGGCAGCUGAAAACCUGGGACUCUCUGCUUUGCACACUGUCUUUUUAAGAGAGCACAAUCGCAUAGCUAGGGAGCUGAAGAAGUUAAAUCCUCACUGGGAUGGAGAAAAAAUUUACCAGGAGACUCGGAAGAUCAUAGGUGCUGUAACCCAGAUAAUAACAUACAAAUACUACCUUCCCUUGCUGCUUGGAGAGGAGACUAGCAAGUGGAUUCCACCAUACRGUGGCUACAACGAGACUGUGGAUCCUACAGUGGCAAAUGUUUUUUCCCUGGCUUUUCGGUUUGGUCAUACUUCAGUGCAGCCCCUUGUACACCGUUUAGAUGACAAUUUUCAACUAUUAGGUCACACUCUUCUCCGCUUGACUUUUUGUGCUUCCUGGAGAAUUAUAAUGGAAGGUGGUAUUGACCCACUCUUACGAGGAAUGAUGUCUGACCAUGCAAAACUGAUGAAACAGAAUGAACUGCUCAUUGAGGAACUCCGGAAUCAUCUGUUUGAACAGACGGCAAUAAUGGGUUUGGAUCUAGCRGCCCUGAACUUGCAGAGGGGAAGGGACCAUGGUCUUCCAGGUUACAAUGCCUGGAGGCAAUUCUGUGGGCUCUCCCAACCUCAAAGCGCGAGUGACCUCUCUGAGGUGCUACGCAAUUCCAAGCUGGCUGAAAAGUUUAUAGAUCUGUAUGGGAAACCAGAAAAUAUCGACUUCUGGAUUGGAGCAAUCGCAGAGCCUUUUGUUCCUCAGGGCAGAGUCGGUCCUCUUCUCACCUGCAUUAUUGCCACCCAAUUCAGGAAUCUUCGUGAUGGGGACAGGUUCUGGUGGGAGAACCCAGGAGUUUUUACUCGACAGCAGAUGAAUGCUCUAGAAAAAAUCUCCCUGUCGAAGCUGAUCUGUGACAAUACUCAUAUCAAAAAGGUACCCAAGGACAUGUUCAAGGUCAGCAGUUAUCCCAAGGACUUUGUAGACUGCCGUGAGAUCAGCACACUCAACCUCUCAUCCUGGAAAGAUUAGCCUGCAAGUGGCAUGAAAGAUUAACAUUGGAAACUCCUAAUGAUGCUG